UGACGGUGUGUAUCCGGAGAGCAGCAAUCAUUUAUAAAAAUCCACGAAGAAGAGUUGAUGGCGUUUUCCUGGGCGGAUGGCCUACUAACUCUGGAUCUAGCCCGUCAAAACUGCAUUGUAACGAGAGGAACGUGGGAUAAACGUUUGCUGUUCAGCUUGUAUCACUGUGUCUGAGACUUGAACUGGCCAAAGAGAGAAAUCUGCUGUUCCCCUCCCUGACUUACUGUUCCAGACCUCCUCUGAAACGUAUCUGUCACCAUGAAUGAAGUUCAUAUCGUCAGAGAGGGUUGGCUUCAAAAAAGAGGUGAAUAUAUCAAAACAUGGAGGCCCAGGUAUUUCAUCUUGAAGAGCGACGGUUCUUUUAUCGGCUAUAAAGAGAAGCCAGAUUUAAAUGACCAGACUUCCCCGCCACUCAACAACUUCUCAGUCGCAGAAUGCCAGUUAAUGAAGACUGAAAGACCCCGGCCCAAUACAUUUGUCAUCCGCUGCCUACAGUGGACCACUGUCAUUGAACGUACUUUUCAUGUGGAAAGCAAUGAGGAGAGAGAGGAAUGGAUGCGGGCUAUCCAGUCUGUGGCAAAUAGUCUGAAGAUGCAGGAACAGGAGGAGGAGGAGGAGGAACCAAUGGAUGUGUUCGGCUCACCAAGCGAAAGUAGCUUAGAGGAGAUGGAAGUGGCUAUGUCUAAGAGCCGCAACAAAGUGGUUGUCUAUGCUUUAUCGGGGGUGGAUGAUCAGCUGGAGUUUCAGGUCCAGACUCCAACGAUGAUUGACUUCGAGUACCUGAAGCUUCUCGGCAAGGGCACUUUUGGGAAGGUGAUUCUGGUCAAAGAGAAGUCCACUGGAGUACAUUAUGCAAUGAAAAUACUGCGCAAAAUGGUCAUAAUAGCCAAGGAUGAAGUGGCCCACACAGUUACAGAGAGCAGAGUGUUGCAGAAUACAAGACAUCCUUUCCUCACGACACUGAAAUAUGCCUUCCAAACCCAUGACCGGCUCUGUUUUGUAAUGGAAUAUGCCAAUGGAGGCGAGCUCUUCUUCCACCUGUCACGAGAACGAGUGUUCACAGAAGAACGGGCACGCUUCUAUGGUGCAGAGAUCGUUUCAGCACUUGAGUACCUCCAUUCACGUGAUGUGGUUUACCGUGACCUGAAGCUAGAGAAUCUGAUGCUGGACAAAGAUGGACACAUCAAAAUCACUGAUUUUGGCCUUUGUAAAGAAGGCAUUACUCCAGACGCAACCAUGAAAACAUUCUGUGGAACUCCUGAAUAUCUGGCACCUGAGGUCCUAGAAGAUAAUGACUACGGCCGUGCAGUGGACUGGUGGGGUCUGGGUGUAGUUAUGUAUGAGAUGAUGUGUGGCCGUCUGCCUUUCUACAACCAGGACCACGAGCGUUUGUUUGAGCUCAUCCUUAUGGAGGAGAUCCGUUUCCCCAGGAACCUGUCACCUGAGGCCAAGUCCCUCCUGGCUGGCCUGCUCAAGAAGGACCCCAAACAGAGGUUAGGUGGAGGUCCCAAUGAUGCAAAAGAAGUAAUGAGUCACAAAUUUUUCAUCACAAUUAACUGGCAGGAUGUGGAACAGAAGAAGCUGACCCCACUCUUCAGACCACAAGUGACAUCAGAGACAGACACCCGGUACUUUGAUGAGGAGUUCACAGCACAGACCAUUACACUCACUCCCCCAGACAAGUAUAACAGUCUUGACUGUGAGGACCCCAGCCAGGAAGCACAUUUCCCUCAGUUCUCCUAUUCUGCUAGUAUAAGAGAGUGAUGGCAUCUCUGACCCCCACCCCAACUCACAACCACACACAGACACACACACACACACAAACACCAAAAUACAAAAGGUAUGAAUACCUUGGCCACAUCCCCUACAGCUGAAGAAAAACAAAACAAAAAACUGAAAAGCAGAACCUCCAUCUUUAUUGACAUUUUGAUGUGUCACAGGAUCUAAGUGCCUUGACUGGUGGCCAUAUUGUUGUGUAGAACGCCCCUCGUCCACACUACCAACAAAGCCUGGUCACAGUGGCUGUACUGUAUCAAAUUGGACUUCAGUACCUCACUGGCACAACUCAACAACCCAGCUGCUGCGUUUUUACUUCAAACCACUAAACACUUUGGACACUUGUCUUAUUAUAGUCUUUUUUAAAUGCUAUACAGUUCCUUCAUGACAUUUUCAAAUGCUGUUCUUCAGAGGUGUGUGUGUGCGUGCGUGCGUGCGUGCGUGCGUGCGUCUUGAAAAACGGGGCAACAAAUUCAGACUGAAUUGUUUAAUCAGAGUGAGCCUGCGAGGGAGUGAGUUUUGUGUAUCUUUGUAUAGCGUCUGCCAGAUGUGCAUCAAGAACAACAACCCAAUGCAUGACACGUGAUGAUCAAAGUGUUUUCAUGAAAAAAAAAAUUUGGUAAAAUGAAAGUUAUGGGUGACAGAGGUUGUCUUUUUUAAACUGUAUGCAAUGAAAACAAAUUCUUUGUAUAUUGGUUUGCUGUCAUCGCAGAAUGUUAUUUUUUGCAAGUAGAUCUGUCAAGGGUGACAGCAAUGAACGGUAAUUGGGAACGCCUUCAUGUAUAAGCUGUAUAUGCUAUUUUGUAAAAAAUUCUCUCAAAUCUGACCCAUUUUUGAUUUUUCUUGAUCAGCAAAAUACACACAAUCCAUCUGCUUUUAGAGGUUCAUUAAGUACUUAGUGAUUUAGAACAAAGAUAAUUACUUUCAGAUGACCUAUGUUUAUAAUGUAGCUGUAUGUUUUCUGUGUUCAUGUCACUUUGUGUCUGUUACCCUGAGAAUCCAAACUUGUGUCAUUUACCAAAAUCUGUCAUGAAAUGUCUUCUGAGAUAGCUUCUGACUCAAAUCAACAUUUGGCCAGUUUUAUACUACUUACAUACAACCAAGUUCUUGUGCAGCUUUAUAUUUAAGUAUACCACAUUUUAUAACAUUUCAGAAUAUUGAAUUUUGUUGUUAAAUAAUGAAAACUAUAGAAACACUCAAAAUUAAGUACCAAAAGCAAAAUACUAGUCAGCUGUUGUAUUAGCAGUACUGUUGAAAUAUGUUAAGAAAAACCUGAGGCUUGUUUUAUCACCAAAGCUGAGUUCACAGUGCUAUCAGACAUGUUUAGAUGUAUUGUCUUUCCUCUCUUAGCCUCCAAAGUUAAGUGAGUAAUAUUUCUAGUUCACUCACAAAUGUUAGAUCUUAUUGUUGUAGCCUUUUAAUAAAACUUUCCUCAGAUCAGAACUCUCCAUCUUUUACUUAAUUUAUUGGAGAUUUUACAAGUUUUAUACUGUUGCUGAGAGUUCACACAUUUUAAUGUCCUCCUGGUAUCCGAGUCAUCUUUGUCAUUUUUAUCCUAAAUCUUUCUUUGAUUACAGUGUUACAUCUGAACUGUUGCUGAUUCUCACACAUCAGUUUUCCACUAGAUGCAUCAAGAACAUGGUUCAUUGUAAAUGUUGAGUUUGAGUGCAAUGGUGAUCUGCAAAGAUAUAUUUUAAUCAGUUCAAUUCUUCACCUUGGCCAUAUUAAAAUUAGGUGGAUGAGUGCAUCAUUGUGAUUUUUAACACUGAGUGUAGUACCAUACAUUAAAACUUGCCCAACAUGGUAUUUGUGCUGCAUUGUUGAGUCACCCAUAAUAAAAAAGAACUGAUGCAGACAA